AUGUGGGGACUGGCGAAGAAGUCAAUUGAGGCUGGAUGCUGGGAAAAAAUCCUCCAGAUAAGAGCUGUCCUUCAGUGGAAUCGGCUGACUCUAGUGAAGCCCCCCUCCUUGGAGUCAGAAGCUGGAAGUGGGGCCCUUCCAUUUCUCAUGGCAUCUGACUCUAGUGUUCAUACCUCCAUAGGUGAUGCAGACAGGUGCAGAACCAAGAUGUAUAAGUUGGUGGUGAUGGGCAGCUGUUGUGUGGGCAAGAGUGCACUGACCAUGCAGCUGAUUCAGAAUCGAUUUGUGGCUGAGUAUGACCCCACCAUUGAAGAUUCCUACCGCCAGCAGACAGUGGUGGAUGGGGAGCCAUGCCAGCUGGAUAUCCUGGAUACCACAGGCGCUGAAGAGUAUGCCUACCUUCAGGACCAGUUCAUGCGCUGGGGAGAGGGCUUCCUCUGUGUCUAUGCAGUGGACGAUGUCCACUCCCUUGAGAAUGUGUAUGACUUAAGGAACCACUUGCAGAGAAUCAAGGACACCAGUCACGUGCCUAUGGUGAUGGUGGCCAACAAGACCGACCAGGACAACUGGCGGGUGGACUCCACACUGGGCCUUGAAGUGGCCAAGAGCUUUGGAGUCCCUUUUGUGGAGACAUCAGCCAAGACUGGAAAAGGCGUGGAGCAGGCCUUCCAUGAACUGGUCCGAGAGAUCCGGCGGUCCUGCAAAGAGGAGCUCAAAUACCUGGCUGAUGCUGAGCACCACAAGGGUUGUGGAUUCAAGAGGUGCACAAUCCAGUGA